AUGGCCACGCACACGGCCAGCUACCACGAGCUGAGCAGAGAAAGUGCAGGAUCGAUACGAGAGAGCUUGCUCAAGUGGUACACGCUCAACCGACGGGAGCUGCCGUGGCGGGCACCGUUCUGGAGCGCGCCAGAGGGCACCCGGGCAGACGACGUGGCUGACGUCUUCGCCUAUCAUGUCUGGAUCUCAGAGGUCAUGCUCCAGCAGACGCAGGUGGCCACCGUCAUUGCCUACUUUAACAAGUUUGUAUCGACUUGGCCAACCCUUGCCGAUCUGGCAGCCGCACAGCUGGAUGACGUCCUUGCUGCCUGGGCAGGCCUUGGAUACUAUCGCCGCGCUCGGCUGCUGCACAAGGGCGCCCAGGCUGUCAUGGGUCCCGAGUUUGGCGGCGUCCUGCCGAGGGAUCCUGUGCAGCUGAAGAAGAUCCCGGGCAUCGGGCCGUACACCGCAGGCGCCAUUUCCUCUAUUGCCUUUGGCUGUCCGGCGCCCAUCGUCGACGGCAACGUGGUCCGGGUCGUCGCCCGGCUCCGCGCCCUCGGCGCCAUGCCGUCGUCGCCGAUCUUCUGGGAGUAUGCGACCGCGCUGGUCGAUCCGCACCGCCCCGGUGAUCUCAACCAAGCGCUGAUGGAGUUGGGUGCGACCGUGUGCACCAAGGCCAACCCGUCGUGCGGCUCGUGCCCGAUCCGCGACCACUGCCUGGCGCGUGCCGAAGUGAGCUCGACCCGCGCCGCGGCGGUGAACGCGCUCGGCUUCACCCCACUUGCAACUCAACCAAAGGUCGCCAACAUCCGUGCCGAAUCACCGGACCCAGCUACUGUUGCGCCCAAGACUAAGCGGGCCAAGCUGCUUGACGGCUCGCCGCGCCCAAGUGCCCGCUCGCACGUGGUCAUCGAGCUCGACGACGAGUCCAAGCCAGCGUGCGAGCUGUGCUUCGGAUGGGAAGAGGCUGGGACACCGACGGCCUCUGUGACAAAGUACCCUCGCAAGAAAAAGAAGACCAAGGUCCGCAGCGAGAUCCUCGCUGCUGCUGUCAUCUAUCGCCGCCGCGACGACGGCGCGCCGCUGGAGAUCCUUGUCGAGCAGCGCCCGCCGACCGGCUUGCUCGCGGGCCUCUGGCAGCUCGCUGCCAUCCCGCUGGACGACAUCGAUGCCGCCGAUAACAUUGCUGCCGUCGAGGCCGGACUCAACGCCAAGCUCGCCACCAUGCUCAACGCGCCGGCUGCCUAUGUCGAGCCCUCAACCUUUGCCCGUGCCACCGUUCCUGUCGUCCGGCACCGGUUCUCGCACAUUGCGCAAACCAUCGCCGUCUUUGUCGCCUGCACUGCCGCCGGCGACGACCCCGAGGCACUCCCUGCCACCACUCGAUGGCUCCCACUCUCGAACGUCUCCUCUGCUGCUGUCCCCACCCGGCUGAAGAAGAUCCUCAAGGCCGCCAAGUCCUCACUCCCGUCCAACCGCAAGUGA